AUGCAUCCGGCUCCGAGUCUGUUGGAGGCGCCUCCGAAGAACGGCAGCGAGGAGUCUGGCAACAGGCCCCAAACUGGCUCACCUUCAAUGUCGCAUCAUGAGCUGCCUCAGUCGCAACAGUCUCCGCUCCAACAACAGCAGUCUUUGCCACCGCAGCAUCAGCAGCAGCAGCAGACGACUCCUCAGCACCAGUCACAGCAACCUCCCCCCACCCCCGGUCAAUCGGCUUCUCCUCCGCUGAGGAAGGACACCAACUCGUCCAUCUCAACUCAGGCCACGGCGGCCUCCGCUGCCACCAAUAUGUCCGUGGACACAAGCAACACAUCGUACAGUGCCGACACCUCUCCUAACUUAACAUCCAUAUUCCAUGUAAAGGAUGGCUCCGACGUCUCUAACCGGGUCCGCGCGAGCAGGAGGCGAACCGGUCCUUUGUCCCAGCAACAGAGAGAGAAAGCCGCACUCAUCAGAAAGCUGGGUGCCUGCAACGAUUGUCGCCGAAGGAGAGUUGCAUGCCAUCCAAGCCAUCACAACAUGACCUGGGAGGAUGCUGUCAGGAAAUAUCACAGGUCUCACAGUCCCAGCAUCCAGGAUAUUGCCCCGUCCAUGGCUGGUCAGCGACCACUCAGCCCAGCGCCGGCCAUGACUAGCAACAACGUGAAGUCAAUGUUCACACAGGACCCCGAGGAGAUGGAAAUAGACUCCCCGACGCCUCCUGGUGGUCACCGACUGAGCGAAUCCCGGAUUCGCACGCCACUUCCGACCGGCCCUAGGCUCGACAAGCCCCCGGUCUUGCCUGGCAUAGAAAGUCUUAAAUCUGACUUACAGACCAACGUCUCGAGACUUCUGUCUACCCCCAGUCGAAGCCGCUACUCUAGUGCACAGGCCUUAUUACUGUAUUGGCAGGAUGAUCCUGAUUUUAGUGUUGGAAGUUCCGUCAAAGAGUUGGGUGAAGUCUUUGACCAGUAUUACCGGUAUACGUUCUCAAUUACUACCAUUCCGUCUGCGUCAGAGGUCUGCAAAAGCCCGUGGAGAUGGCUUUCGCGCAAGAUCACCGAUUUUGUCGAGGAUCGUGAUCAACGGGACGUCCUGAAGAUAGUCUAUUACAACGGCCAUUCUUACCUUGAUGGCAACCGGGAGAUGGUCCUUGCCAGCUCCAAAGACAAAGACAAGGCCGAAACAAUCAGGUGGAGUGGUAUUCAACAAGUGCUUGAGGAGGCCUGUUCAGACACCUUGAUUGUAAUGGAUGCCGCAUUCUUUCCAUCUUCCAAGAUGCACCGCCAACAAGGUGUCUUGGAAUUAGUGGCCGCUGCUGUAUCCGAGGAGCAUUUCGAUGCUCUGGACCGCUGCACGUUUACCAAAGUUCUCACCGAGCACCUCAAGACGCGCGCCUCCCAACGAUUUACGAGCCCCUUCUCCGCUGCAGAGCUUCACUCAAAGCUGCUGUCCAACUAUCCUUCUCUUGUUCAGGAUAGGAAUCCUGAAAAGGAAACAAUUACGAGCUUUCCGUCUCCACUCCACAUGCAAAUGUCCGGAAAUGCUCGACUACCCUCGAUUCUUCUCGCACCCCUCAACAUCGGUCCCUUGAGGACGAGCCUUCCGUUUAGCACAGAGGGUCAACAAUUGGUUCUGUCAUUCCGGAUAGGAGACGAACCGAUCGAUAUUGACAACUGGACCGAGUGGCUGAGAAUGAUGCCCGAGGGGGUCAAGGACGUGAGGGUCGACGGCCCUUUUCGACCAUCAAGAUAG